AUGACAAGACCGACAUCAGUCACUGCCAUCAUUCUCAUCCUCUGUUUAUCGGGAAACUGCCUCGCGGGACGAAAACUUUUAGUGUUCCUGAUCGAUGGAUUCCGUUACGAUUACAUUGAUGAUCUGGACAGCUUGCCUGGAUUUAAGGAGAUAGUGGAAAAUGGUGUUAAAGUGGAUUACAUGACUCCCGAUUUCCCCAGCCUCUCCUAUCCCAAUUACUACUCUCUCAUGACAGGCCGGAACUGUGAGGUGCACCAAAUGACUGGGAAUUACAUGUGGGACCAAGCCACACUGAAGGAAUUCAACAUCGGAACCAAUCCGGACAGCCGUUUACGAAUGUGGUGGGACGGCUCAGAGCCACUCUGGGUAACCAUGCAGAAACUCAACAAAAACGUCUACAUGUACUAUUGGCCAGGUUGUGAAGUGGACAUUCUGGGUGUAAAACCAACGCACUGUGAGGAAUAUGUCUACAAUCCAUCAGAGAAAAACUUUACAGACUCAAUUGAGAAUGCUCUCAAUGUCUUAAGUAGUGGCAGAGCAGACAUGGCCGCGGUAUACUACGAGAAGAUUGAUGUGGACGGCCACCACUAUGGCCCCCUGUCCCCACAGGUGCGGAUGACCACCAGCAGACUGGACAUCGCCUUUCGGACUUUAAACCAAAGGAUUAAGGAGAAAAACCUGCAAAAUGACCUCAACGUCAUCUUGUUCUCUGAUCACGGCAUGACUGAAAUUAAGUGGAUGGAGAGAGUCAUUGAGUUAGAGCUUUAUAUAAACAUGUCAGAUAUCAUAAAGAUGAUGGAUAGGGGACCUGUGGUCAGUUUGUGGCCAAAACAAGCAAAGUUUGAAGCGAUUUACAGGAGACUCAGUGUUGUGGAGAACAUGAAUGUCUACAAGAAAGAAGAAAUCCCUGAUCGUUACCAUUACAAGAAGGGGAAGUUUGUCUCAACCUUGACCUUAGUGGCUGACCCUGGCUGGUUCAUCACUGAGAGCAAAUCGAAGCUGCCCUACUGGAAGAAUGACAGUGGAGAGGCGAAGGCUUGGCAGCAUGGCUGGCAUGGAUACGACAAUGAGUUUGUGGACAUGAGGGGUUUCUUCUUGGCACAAGGGCCAGACUUCAGGAAGAAUCUGCGAGCAGGCCCAAUCCGAGCAGUGGACGUGUACAAUCUGAUGUGUCACACGCUGGGGAUCCAGGCGCUGCCCAACAACGGGUCAUGGUCCAGAGUGGAGUACAUGCUGAAUGGGGCAGGGAGCCGGGCCCAGAACAGUCCUUUCAGCAGCUGUGCGCUGGUGCUGAUGCUGCUACUGUCUCUGCAGAUAUACUGAA